UUCCUGUGGUACAUUGAUGACUAAGAAUUCUUCAGAUGUAUUCAGGUUAGGACACAAGUGUGAAAUCGGCAUAAUCUCAUGCUACUCUAUUUUUAUUGCAGUAUAUAUCUAAGAAUGUCCCAGCAACGGAUCGAGUAGUACGACACGGAACAGAGACAUCAGGCAAUUUCUCGGGCAGCCGAAUGUCGUCACAAUCCCACCAUACCUCCACAGCUUCUCAUGCUUCCAGUCACCGGCCAGAGGAGCGCACAUGGAGUAUGGAGCGGACGGACAGCAUGCACUCUGACUGUCAGUCAGGGGCGCUCUCUUCCUCCGUUGGCACCAGUAAAUGCAGCAGCCCGGCGUGUAUGGAGGCUCGUGCCCGCCGUGCAGCAUACUGUGGUUAUCCUGACGCUACACAGUGCCCCCUACAGUAUGGAGACUCUUACGAUUCCCUGCGGGACUCGCCUCACAGUGACAGGUAUGUGUCUGCUCUGACCACGCCGGCGCGUCUAUCUCCUGUGGAGUUUCACUCCUCACUGCCCUCGCAGGUGCCUACCUUUCAGAUCACCACGCCAAACGCCAGCCACGCCCUCUCCCUGCCACCCGCCGCCUCGGCCAUCGUCAUGGCAGCCUACUCCCCCGACGAUGACCAGCCCCUCCUGCACCACUACCGCCGAUCCCGUAGGCCAUAUUACGCGGCGGAGAGCACGGGCUCCCUCCCUUCCAGUCCGUACCGCUUUGUGGAUGAUGAGGAUUAUGAGACCACGCAGGAGUACAUGUCCUCUCGAGAGCAGCCGAAGAAAAGCAGCAACGGCCGGCGUUGGCGAAGGAGGUCACGGGUCAAUGGCCACGUUUCUCAGCGUACACCAGGCCCCAGGGACUAUAGCUCUCAAAGCUGCCUGUCGGACAGCGAGUGGGAGGACGAUGAGGUUGGCGACCUCGGCCACGGCGAGAGCACGCCGUUUCUCAGUAUGCAUAACAUGAAUGCCAUUGAACCGGCCACAAUCUACCAACCCAAUGACACACGGACUUUCAACAACACGGGACGCUCGGCCUCCCGUGGCAAUGUGCAGGCCAACAAACUGUCGCAGUCGUGGUCCAGACCGGACAAUGCACCCCUUUAAAAAAGAAAGAUGAGAGCAAGGAUGAACAAACUUGCGUAGGCGCGAAAAACAAAUGAUAUGCUAUAGACCUGCACCUAUGAGAAAUAUUUUUUAUUUUAUAUAACAGACAGAUAUUCUAAACAAAUGAAAUAUUUAUUUUCAUUUCAGCAAAAAUUGUCUACUAGCUAGCAGCAAAGACUUUUUUUAUAGGGGGAAAACUAUUUAUAUGUAAUUCCUUAUUUUGAUUUACAGCGUUACGAAGAAUUAUGUGCCAAUUUUUUCACAAGUUAGAAAUAGAAUAAUAUUGUGGUGCCUUUUGCUGUUUGCCGACGAGGGAGGUUCAGUUGAAUUUUUGUAGCCUUUCUUAAAAACAGACUCUUGGGUUUUAUAGACACGUCUUCUUGUUUUUUUCUUUGUUCGUUAGUUUCAUUUCUUCAGGAUCUCCCCAUUUUAACUGUGAUAUUUUUCAGACAUCAUGCAAUAUCGAAUCACUUCUGUGUAAGGUGUUUGUUUACAUGUCUAGGAUUCACGCGCACAUGUAACCGACGUCAAAUCGCAUCGGAUGCCGAUUCGUUCAAGCAUCCGAGGGCAGUUUGCAUUCAAUUUUAGUUUCUACGUUCUAAGUUUUCUUUACUCUCAACUGGUUGUUGCAUAUUGUUUCCAUAGAAAACAGAGGUACACAGGAGUUCACAGGGCAUGGCGCUGGGUCGCAGUAUUGGCCCUGGUUCAGGGUUUUCAAAACGGUGGUCUGUGCAUCCAAUGAAUGUGUUUACACUUCUGUCCGUGUGCGUGAGAGUAUCAUUGAACCUCAGUGUAUACGUACGUGUCUUUGUGCACGUGGUUUAGUGCGUGAACGUGUUUCGUUCAUGCGUUCGCGUUGUGUUCGUCUUCAGGUUAGCGUUUCGAGCGUGUGUGCGUGUUGUGAGUUUCGACGUGCGCCUGUGUGUGUAUACGUAUGCUUGUACUCUUUUUAGGAUGUUGGCUUUGUCGAAAGGGAGCUCUAUUACGUCGUCAGGUACACGCUAAAUGGUUAAACCUGAACCCCUUGUGGUGACACGAGCUCAUUGCACUGUAACCUUCCUUCCUAGUGUAGUCAUUGGCCUGCGGAGGAACCAAUCCAGCCUGAUUCUAGCCUACACGGACCUACAUCUCUCUCCCACACCUUUCCAUUCCUAUGCCAGCAGCUUUAAGCCGCACUGUGUCUCAGGACUUUUCAUUGAAAACUGCAUUGUCCAUUAAAACAGAUCCAUUACUGCCCAUCGUGUCUGCAUCAUUCUGGGAAGACAAUGAAGAACGAUACGACCAGAUGUUUGUGCAAAAUGCUCCAUGUUUUGUAGUUUUUCCUUUGUUUUUUUUCCCUUUUCAGUGGGGUCAUUCCCAGUCCGUGCUUUCUCUUUUUGACACAUAUGUAUACAAGUUGGAGACUUGCUUGAAGCAAUGCGUGUUCGGCUACUAGACGUGCUACUUUAGAUGGAUUACAAAGUGUUAACCCCUACUUCCAGAGCCCAACAACCUACAACGACAUUUGAGAAGAUAAACCCUCCACACACACACUAACACCUUAUACCACAUGCAAUGUACACACUUACACAAACACAGACACACAUGCUCAAGAUUAAUUUUGUGUGCACACAGUCAUUUAAAGCGCCGCUCGUCUCGCUGAUUGAUUUUCUUCCUGUCUUUCUCUCUGUUUCUUCUGUUCUUCCUCUCUGCCUGUGAAGGCGUCCCUCCCUCUGCAUGUUCUAGUGGUUCAGAUAGAUGAGUGCAUGGUAACCGCAGCAACUGAGUCGUAUUCACAUGGUGAAAGUGUAGUUUUCAUUUGACAUUCAGCAAUAAAUCCCCUUUUUUCAUGUUC